AACCCACACUCCUUCCUUAUUAGGCAAUUACACUCAUUCAACCCACACUCUUUUAACCAAGUCAUUCAUUUCAAAAUGCGUUCUGCUAUCGCUUUCAUCCCUGUCCUCGCCGGCGCUGUCAUCGCCGAGCAGGUUAUGGCUCAGGACGCCGCUGUCGCCCAGGCUGUCGACUCUGUCGAUGCUGUUGAGGUCGACGCUGGCAAGCCUUGCCCUUCUUCCAUCACCUCAGCUCCCGUCAUCACCACCACUGUCACUGUCCCUACACACACCGUCACCGUUGGCUGCAAGAAGUGCGAGGAGUGGCACAAGGGCGGCAACGGAGGCAAUGGUGGUAACGGAGGCAAUGGAGGAAACGGAGGCAACGGUGGUAACGGCGGCAAUGGAGGUAACGGUGGUAACGGUGGUAACGGCGGCAACGGCGGCAACGGAGGUAACGGUGGAAACAGUGGAAACGGCGGCUCUGGUGGCAACGGUGGCUCUGGCGGCAACGGUGGCAAUGGUGGUAACGGCGGCUCUGGUGGCAAUGGCGGCAACGGUGGUAACGGAGGCAAUGGCGGUAACGGUGGCCAGCCCGGCCAGCCCGGCCAGCCCGGUCAGCCUGGUCAGCCUGGUAUGCCCGGCCAGCCCGGUACUCCUGGUGUUCCCGGCACUGGCAACAACGGUACUUGCCCUGGUGGUCCCUGGUGCCCUCCCGUCGUCAGCGGCGCUUCCCAGCAGAUCUCUGCCAUGUCUCUCUCUGCUAUCGUCGCUCUUCUUGGCCUUGCCCUUUAAGCGAUUCAACAUGAUAGUUUGAGCUGAAUAGCACGUUUUCCACGGAGUUUUGGUUGUCCAUUUUUCACACAUAUUGGGUCUUGCUUCCUGUCCUUGUUGCUUUGCAUUGUGGGGUUGCCUUUUAGUUAGUUGAUAUGAAUAAAAUUGUCUUCACAU